GAUUAUUAAUGAGGCCAUGGAGUUGGAACCGAAGAAUUUUGGGACGUUGGUGAACAGCUUCUACGGGCUAGAGCCUGAAUAUGCUGAUCAAUAUCGCAAAGAGGUGGGGAGGUCGUGGAACGUUGGCCCUGCUUCUCUUUACAAGGUGGGGGACAACAAGACAGCAAGUGGUAGGGAGCAGUCAGCCUCCGCUAACGAGUGUUUGAAAUGGCUGGAUAAAAAACCAGCAGGCUCAGUCGUGUACAUGUGCUUUGGCAGCGGUAGCAGUUUCUCGGCAGAGCAGCUGAGAGAAAUGGCGCUCGGGCUCGAAGCCGCAGGGCAUCCGUUUGUUUGGGUGGUGAGUGACAAAGGUCACGAUUGGGUUCCGGACGGAUUUGAGAAGAGAACUCAUGGGACGGGAUUGGUGAUAAGAGAAUGGGCGCCACAAGUGUUGAUACUGAAUCAUGCUGCAGUUGGGGGAUUUGUGACUCAUUGUGGGUGGAAUUCGACCUUAGAGGGGAUUAGUGCGGGGUUACCCACCGCCAUGGUGACAUGGCCGUUGUAUGCAGAGCAAUUCUAUAAUGAAAAGUUUUUGUUGGAUGUUGUGAAGGUUGGGGUGGCGGUGGGGUCGAAGGUGCACACUUUUGAUGCUGAAGCGAGGCCUGUGGUGAAGGCGGAUGCCAUUGAGGCGGCGGUGAGAGAGGUGAUGGGCAAAGGGGAGAAGGCGGUGGAGAGGAAGUUGAGGGCGAAGAUGCUUGCGGAAAUGGCCGAGAGAGCUGUGGACAAGGAGGGGUCAUCGUUUGAGGAGAUCCAGAAUUUGAUGCAGGAAUUGAUGGAUCUGAAAAAACAUGUUUAGCGUAUCUUGGGGACUCAUAUAUUGUCUUAAAUUGUUAUAAAUAAAACUUUGAAUGAGCUAGUAGUUCAUGUUUGGCUCUUUGGU